UAUGUAAUCACAUGUUCUUUAUAUGAUAGUUUCUUAUCAUUCUGGCGGCUUAUUUGAUCCAUAAUAUCAUAGAUCACACAAUUUAGGUGAUGUUUUCGGUUAUUUCAUUGUGAUCUAUACCUUGUUAGGGUUUUGGUUUUGUGUCCCAUGGCUUGGUGUAUUUUUAUUGUAAAUCUAUACCUUGUUUAUACUGUAUUUUUGUACCGUUUUCGAUACGAUCCUGAUUCCAGUGAUUGUUAGUGUAUGAUUGGAACAUCCAGAUUUGAUCAUGGAUGUCUAGAAUUGAUUCUGACAUGUUUGGUUGCUAUCGAAUAGAAUUGAUACUCUCAGGGACCUACGUGAGUGCAUCCUACAGUGGCAAAUUUGACAGUUUACUCUUAUUGAUUCACAUAGUUGUUUUCGUCUUUUUUUUCUCUCUUGUAUUUCUAUUGGUUUUAAAAUGUCAGUUGUGAAUAUGUCGACCAUGACACUUCCAACAGCUUCAUUGUACGGAAAAGCGCCUUCUCCGGCAUCUUAUGCUCUUAUGAAGAGUCCAUCAACUUUGAGAUCUGUGAAGAAUGUGUCCAAAUCAUUCGGUCUAAAAUCUUCCUCAUUUAGAGUAUCUGCAAUGGCAACAUACAAAGUGAAACUGAUUGGACCAGAUGGUAAAGAGAACGUAUUUGACGCCCCCGAUGACACAUACAUUCUGGAUUCAGCUGAGGAGGCUGGAGUGGAGCUACCUUACUCGUGCAGAGCUGGUGCAUGCUCUACUUGUGCCGGCCAAUUGGAUUCGGGUUCGGUGGAUCAGUCUGAUCAAUCUUUUCUCGAUGACCAGCAAAUCGAGAAGGGUUAUCUUCUCACAUGUGUUUCGUACCCGAAAUCAGACGCUGUGAUUUACACUCACAAGGAGGAAACACUCUACUAAGUGAUUUUCACAUUUUGUUAGUUUUUCUAUGCUUGCUUUGGUUUAUGUGUUGAGCAGCUGGUUUUUGUGAAACUUUGUUAUUGGUGUUUGUUUGACUUAUUGAAUCAUUUUAGGAAAUAAGGGAAGAAAAUAAGUUAUUGGAUAGAA